ACACAGCCUAAAAGCCAAUAGCCAUGGCCACCACCCACCUAGCCUUCCCUCUUCGUCUUCCCAACCUAUCCGCCGCUCCGUACCAUCAUCAACCGCCACCCACCGAGUCGCUCCCCGUUUCGACUCGGGCCCGACUCGGGCUGAGGAAUCUCAGCACCGCCGUUCGGUCUCUGGGCACCGACAUGCUGGGCGAUUUUGGGGCCAGAGACCCUUUUCCGGCGGAGAUAGAAAGCAAGUUCGGAGAGAAGGUUCUGGGCAACGUCGACACGGAGCACAAGAUCCUCAUACCUAAUUUGGCCGCUCUCUCUCUUGCCCAGCAAAGCUGCCAGCCCAUCUCUCCUCUGCUCCCGCCCAUGUCCGAGGACGAUGCCACCAAGCUCCUCAAGAAGGUUGUUGGUUGGAGACUUAUAAAUGAAGAUGGGGUUCUCAAACUACAAUGCAUGUGGAAGUUGAGAGAUUAUCAAUGUGGUGUUGAACUUAUCAAUAGGAUAUAUAAGGUUCUAGAGUCUACCGGGCAUUUCCCAGACAUCCACUUGGAACAAACCAAUCAAAUUAGAGCUGUACUUUGGACAUCCUCCAUUGGAGGAUUGAGUAUGAAUGAUUUCAUUGUAGCAGCCAAACUUGAUGAGAUAAAAACAUCAGAUCUUGCCCCUAGAAAAAGAGUUUGGGCUUAGCUAAAACAUGGCAUUAAGUUGGGAAAGGAAAUUUGUUAAGUGAUUUUUUAAGUAAUCGCCAAGAUGAUCUGUUGUUCCUGAAAGUCGAGCUACUCUUUUAAAUUAUUUCACUAUUCUUUCUGAAUCUAAAAUCAGCCUUGUUCAUAUUGUCUAAAAA